UUAAAAUAGAGAAGAAGAAGAAGACCCUCAUUUCAUUGCUUUACUCUGUUUGUCACCUAACUAAAAACGACUUUAAUCGAGAUUAACUGACGUGUAUGUGUCCCAUGAACAGUGGACCAUGUCUACCCGGGCUCUGCGAAGGCUCAAAGGGAAGCAGCGGGGCCAGGAGGCCCUGGACGCCGGGGACCUCACUUUAGAUGACAGCCCGGAGGAGCUGCUGGACACGGCUAGUGCUUCCCCCCCGUCUGAUAGCAAAGGCAGAAAGGCAAAGAAAAACAAAGCCCAGAAAAACUUCAGCAACAUUUAUGAAUUGAUAGGUGAUGCAGACAACGAGGCAGAGAUUAUCUCACCUGAUGAAGAAGAAGAUACACCAGAUGAAAAUAAAACAAGUGGAACAGAAAAGAAGGAUGACAUUGAGAAACCAGAUGAAAAGCAAGAGAAUGCAUCUACAAAGUCGUCUGGAGACAGAGUUAAAAAGAAGAAGAAAAAGAAGAAGACCAAAGUGACAGAAGGACAGGAGGCUGUACCAGACGAUAACAUUGAUUUAAUACUGGAGAAUCUGGAGCAGCCCAAUGGACUGGGUUUGCAAAAUGAAGAUUGUGGAGGCUCCGACAGAAGAUCUGUGCUACAUGUGGAGCACAGGAACCUCAACUCAGAGACGGAGCUGAAGAGAUAUUUUGGGGCUCGAGCUGUUCAGGGGGAUCAAAGACCUCGACAGAGAAACAGACAGUUUCACCGUAGCACCUGGAUGACCAUUCCUAAGGACAGCUGGCCUCGCUUCAGCCGCCCAGGAAUCUCAAUGACCCUACUGCAGUCAAAGGAUGGCAUUCAGUACUUUACCUUUGAGCACGGUCGGGACUACCAACAAGUACAGUUCAAGUUCCUGGAUGCUGUUGAGUCGAUGGAUCCCAACAACAUUGUGGCCUUGCUGCAGUUGAACCCGUACCACAUUGAUUCUUUGUUGCAGCUCUCUGAUGUCUGCCGCAUUCAGGAGGAUCAGGAGAUGGCCAGGGACCUCAUUGAGAGGGCCAUGUACAGCUUUGAGUGCGCCUUCAUCUUUAUCAGUCUGCUAACUCAAGCACCAGCAGAGCUGGAUGUAUCCGAACAAGAGAACAGGUUGGGGCAUGUUCUUAAUGCUUCUUAUUAG